AUGGAAGAAGAAAUUGCUGCACUCGUCAUCGACAAUGGUUCCGGCACAUGCAAAGCUGGCUUUGCUGGGGACGACGCUCCCCAAGCUGUGUUCCCCUCCAUUGUUGGGCGCCCUCGGCACCAGGGCAUGAUGGUCGGCAUGGGCCAGAAGGACUCCUACAUGGGCGAUGAGGCCCAGAGCAAGCGUGGCAUCCUGACCCUGAAGUACCCCAUCGAGCACGGCAUCGUCACCAAUUGGGAUGACAUGGAGAAAAUCUGGCACCACACUUUUUACAACGAGCUGCGUGUGGCCCCGGAGAAGCACCCCGUGCUGCUGACCGAGGCCCCCUGA